CAGGACAGCUGAAGACACACCACAGGACAGGUCUCCGCCGGGCAGUGUCCUCCUGUUGCAGGACUGAGCGAAGCCCCCUGUUCUGCUGGACUCCCUCAUUAGCUCUCCGCUCAGCAGAAGCGAAUGAUGGACAAGUCUUCACUCUUCCUUCUCCUGCUGAACCUGUGGACCCUCAGCAGCCUGGCCCAGCCACCAGCAGAGGAGAUCGAACAGUGCCCAGAUAGGAUUCUGGGUAACGAACAGAGGAGAACCUGCCCCAAAAAAUGCCAGCAAGACAAAGACUGUGGCAACAAGCGGCAGUGCCUGUGUGACGGGCCGUGUGGACUCAGCUGCGUGGUCCCAGGCCGGGCGUGUCCGUGGCCUCUUCCACCCGGUGAAAGCUUCAGCGUGACGCUCCUUUCUCCAUCACCUUCAUUCUCUGCUCUGCUGGAGGUUCGCUGCCAUCCAGGCCACACCAUGGCCGAUGGUGUGGAUGCCAUCAUUCGCCGCUGCCAGGGUGACCGGCAAUGGAGUGGGAAUGACCCUGUCUGCACAGUGGGCGGUGGUUUUGGGGAGAAGGUGGUUUCAGAGGCUGGGGGUUCAUGCGUUCUGCCUGAUGAUGAGCUGCUGGUGGUGCGGGGCGGUACUGAGGUGGGAGCCUCAAUCCAGUACGAGUGCACUGCAGGAACCGUGCUGCUCGGGAACUCUGACAACGUCUGUCUCCAGAACCAGACGUGGCGUUACCCUCACCCCAUCUGUCAGCGUGUGUUCUGCCCGCAGCCGCUGGAGGUAGAUCGAGGCUACCUGGUGGCCGUGCAGAAAUCUGAAUAUCAGGUGGGCGACACCGUCUACUACCUUUGCAAGAAGACCUACCUACUGGACGGACCGAACCAGGUCACCUGCCAAUCAAACGGCACAUGGAGCACUGUACCCUUCUGCCGAGCCCGCUGUCCAAUCCCAGCCCAGCGCAGUCGGGUGCUGGUGGGCGGUGAAAAGCGCUGGCCGUAUGAUUUGACGGAUGGGAUGGUCGCUCACGGGGAGGAAGUAACGUUCUUCUGUAAACAUCCAGAAAAGCACUGCAGCUACACCGCCGCGGCCACAUGCUUCGACAGCCGGCUCACUGCACCCAGCUGCUACCUCGACCCCACCUGGUUCCAAUAUAAACUCUACCCACAUCGGCUGGUGUCUGAGAUCAACACAUGUGAUCCUGCUGAUCUGGAGGGUAUAGAGCAGUGAAGCUGCUCUCAUUUUGGUAAAUAUGUAAAUAACAGGAAGUGAACUAUGGACGCUGUUUUAGAGAAACACAGGACUAUUAUUAUAACACCGGCCAAUUUAAUGUUUCCAUUAUUUUGUCCACUCCUGUAGUACAAGGACAAAAGUAGUGUUUCCAGUAUUGUGUCCACUACUCUUGAGCUUGUAUAUGAAUCACAUAAGCCAAAGCAGUUUUUUACUUAUUUUGUCUACUCCACUGUUCUGCAUGUAUUAGAAUUAAAUAGUGUGAUGUUUCCAUUAUUUUGUCCACUCCUCUAGUGCAUGUAUUUGUAUUACACUGACCAAUGUGAUGUUUCCAUUAUUUUGUCCGACCAAUGUUCUGCUUGUAUUUUGCAUUACACGUCUUGUGAUGUUUCCAUUAUUUUGUCCACGCCUGCAGUGCUUGUAUUAGCAUUAUACAAACCAAGGUAGUGUUUCUGUUAUUUUGUCCACCCCAUUGUUCUGCUUGUAUUAUUAAUAUGUGUGCUUGUAUAUGUAUUACAUGGACCGAUUUGAUGUUUCCAUUAUUUUGUCCUCUCCUGCAGUGCUUGUAUUUGCACUACACAGGCCAAAAUAGUGUUUCUGUUAUUUUGUCCCCUCUCAUAGUGCUUGUAUUAUUAUUACACCAAUGUAAUGUUUCUGUUAUUUUGUCCACUCCUGUAUUGCUUGUAUUAGCAUUACACAAGUCAAGGUGGUGUUUCUGUUAUUUUUUUCACCCCACUGUACAGAUUUUAUUAUGAUUACAAAGGCCAAUGUGGUGUUUCCAUUAUAUUGUCCACACCCGCACUACCUGUUUGAGAGUGUUUGAGUGGGUGAGCAGCUUGCUCACCUCAUAUUGCACUGACAAAGUUAACUUAAACUGAAUAAUUAUAGAUGCAUUCUUAUUGCUGAUUGUUGUUAUCAGAUUAAUAUUUUACCAGAGCUAAGAUAACUCAAAAAGCCAAUGUUCUCUGCUUCACCACUAUAAGACUUGUGUUGUAUAAAUGUGUUUUCCUUGUGUAACUACUGUAAGCUGUAUUUUAUGUUCUAUUUUAAUGUAAAGGUUUGUUUCCACAGUUGGAUUAACUGCAUGUUUCUGCAUAGCAAGGCCAUACACUGAUCAGCCUUAACAUUAAAUCCACUACAUAAUAUUGAA